AUGAAGCCAACUACGCCGCUCGCACGCCUCGAGGCCAAGCUCACCGCGGCCUGCGCGUCCAUCGCCAACAUCGGCAAACCAAAAUUCAAGCCGACCAAAAGCCGCAAGGCGACUCCCUCCCCGCGCUCCCUCCCCGCGGCGCUCCAGCACCAGGCGGCCGAAGCGCCUUCCCUUCCGCGCGCCGUUCCCCGCGCGAACCACCACCAGCCCGCCGCAGGCCUCUCGCGCCCGGCGCCGACAGAUUUUGCCCGGGCCGCCAAUCCCGCGCCGAUCAAUGUCGCUGCGCUGCACCUCCCCCGCUGCGCCUGCACCAGCUGUCUGGGGGAUAUCUGCCCCACCAAUCCCACGCCCGCGCGCCGCAUCGCCAGGAUCCCGCCGCCCUCUGGGCCGACCCAACCAGUGCGCCGCCAGCGCAUCUCUGAGACGCCGACGUACUAUGGGGCGCUGAUCCAUGUUCCGCGGCGGCGGCCGCUCAAGAGUCAGAUUUUUGGGAGUGUCGGUGGGGUAGGGGAGGAGAAGGGGAUGAGGGGGGAGAAGUGGUGGGUUAAUGUUUGGGGUGAGGAUGGGAAGGGGAUGCUGUAG